AUGAAAAUUUUAUUAACAUUUAUAUUAUUAAUAAAUUUAAUAAUUGUAAAAUCAGAUUUGGUAGUUAAAACCAAUGUUUAUAAUUCCCCAGGAUGUACUGGAGGUGUAAAUAAAACUGUUCUUCAUUCACAUUGUAAUUUAGUUUUCAGACAAGAAUUGGUUGGAAUGAAUGUUUCCUAUUAUUUCGCAAAUGAAAAAAUGGACUCAAAAUGUUCAAAUGCCAAGACCAACGUUUAUGCUGAACCACUUCAUGUCUGUGAUGAAGAUAACCAAAUCAAGGUUUCCUACAAUUAUUUAACUUACCAAGAUGCAAUUAAUGAUCUUCCAAUGGAUUCUUGUAAUGAAGUGAUUUUCAAUGGAGGUUGUGAAGAGAAUUAUAUUAUCACUUCCAUUCUUAAAGGAACUUGUAGCCCAAUUAAAGUCAAUGACACUGAGGCUUGGACUUAUUCAACUUGUGAUGAAAAUUCUAUGCUAAGCUAUAUUUGUAGUGAACCAACUUGUUUCAUUGGUAACUGUUAUGCCAUUCCAAAUGUUUACAAAAAUAGUACUCAAUGUGUUCCAGGUCGUGAUCUUGACGGUAAUAUUGCAGAUGGUAUCUAUUAUAAAUUUGUUCCAAAAUUAAAAAGUCAACCAAAACCAUCUUCACCAACCCCAUCUCAAACCAGUACUCCAAUUUCAGAAGAUGAAGACCCAAAUCAUUCUUCAAAAGUUUUUGCCUCAAUUGCUUUAAUUAUUUUUGGUUUAUUAUUAUCAUCUCUUUAA